CGACAAGACUACUUGGCCCCUCCAAAAAAGAGGGCACUGAAGGAGGGUAUUGACAACAUAUCGUUUUUUCUCUGUCCUUUAUGCUUUAAGGGCAUUCUAAAUCAACGGCAAAACCCUGGAUACUCAGUUGAUGUGGUUAUUUAAGUGAAGAGGAAAAAGAGAACAAAUUUUUGUGUGCGUGACGAUGGCGGCUGCCGAUAGUAUCGAGGUGGAUCUUCAUCUUCAUUCCAGUACAAGACAUCCUAUAGAACUACAGCGAUCUGGUCCUAAAGACUUGAAAUAUAAUGUUAGGAUUUCUGCUAUACAUCGUCAAACAGUGUGUGAAAGAGGCUCCAAAAAUAUCAUUCUUAAGAUACUGCGAGAAUAUGACUGUAUUGAAGUGAAAGGUGAUGACCACAAUGAAAUCUUCAAUGAAACAGACUUCUUUACUUAUUCUGUUUCAACAACAGACCUCACUACUCUAGGAUUCACAAUAAAUGUGUUCAAUAAGGUAACAGAUGAUUCAGCAACAUCACACCUUGGACAAGGACACAUAACACCAUUACAGCUCAGUGGUAGUAAUGGCACUUUGAUAGUACCCUUGAUUGAUAAAUCUUUUCAAACCAUUGGAACUAUUUCUGUUGAUUAUUUGCUGGUGAAACCAUGGCACCAUCCACUCAAUACCCCAUCUGAACAAGACAGGCAUACUAGAGGUUUAAAGGACCAGAAAAAAGAUGGGUCAUAUGUGUGUGGGCACAGAGGAGCAGGAGAGUCAUUUGGUUCAACAAAGCCAUGGGAAUACCCAGAGAACACUAUCAGUGCUUUCAAAGCUGCUCACAGAAUGGGUAUAGAUUUUGCAGAAAUGGAUGUUCAAAUCUCAAAGGACAAUGUCCCAGUCAUCUUUCAUGAUACUAUGGUCAAGCUUUGUUUAGAGACAUUUCCAUCAUCACCAUCAAAGGAAUCGAAAUCAACAUUUUUUGAGAUUCCAGUCAAAGAUUUAACUGCAGAACAGAUGAAAACAAUUAAAGUGUGGGAAUGGAGUGAGAUGGCAGCAAAUCAAGGGGCAAGGAAUAAAGGUCUCAAGCGAAAGCAUGAUGAGAAUAAUACUAGUACGAGUUCUUCAUCAAAACCAGAUGUCACUGUAGAUUAUAUGCUGUUUCCUACUUUAGAAGAGGCACUUUGUGAGGUACCACAGGAAUUAGGUUUCUUUAUUGAGUUGAAGUAUCCAUUUCGAGAAAUGUAUGAGGAGAGCAUCGACCACUUAUGCAUAGACAAGAACCAGUUUGUGGAUUCAAUUCUUCAAGUGAUAUUUGAUAAGGCAGGAGCUAGAAAGAUCCUUCUUGGCUGUUUUGACCCAGAUAUAUGUGUCUUGUGCCAAUCAAAACAAUCCAGACACCCAGUUUUCCUCAUCACUCAAGGGCAAAAUACUAUCUGGGACCCAUAUCUUGACAUACGUGCAAGAACAACCGAGAUGGCUGUGGCUUUUGCCAAGUCUGAGAAUCUAGAUGGCAUUCAUAUAUUCUCUUCUCUGCUGUUUGAUCGACCGGCAAGCAUUGAGAAGAUCUUGCAGAAAGGUCUUACUUUGAUUGCAUGGGGACAUGAAAAUGAUAAACCUGAGAAGAAGAAGUGGCUGGUAGAACAUGGAGUACAUUGUGUACAAGUUGAUGACAUAUUUGAGUCUACAAGAAACCAUACUACCUCUGAUUAAUAAGCACUACAAAUUAAUCCAUUUAACAAAAGUACUUCAUAUAUUUAAUAUUUUUUUAACUGUGCAGUGGAAUGAAAAGCUAAAGUAUUUAAUAUUUAGCACAUGAAUAUUUUGCAUUUAGUUCUAUGUUGGCUAUGUACAAUAAAAAAACAUUAAAAUGCAUUCAAUUUUUAUGAAAGUUAUUUUUUAAAUUUCUUUAGAGGCUUGAAUUCAAAAUUAUGAUUUUACGCUUUUUGACUUGUGUACUUUGAUGAAAAAUAAUCUGAAAUUGAAUUAUUUUUGUGUCUUCAAUGUUUGUGGAAGGUAAAGUGUUCUUACUUGGCCUGUGAUAAAAUAGUAUAAUGUUCAUUAAUAAGGUACUAAUAUUAUUUUAUACUCAUUAAAAAUUGUUGCAAGCUA